CAAUCAUGACAAACACAUUUUUAUUAGAAGAAAUUCCCUAGCAUCAGAUAUUCUGUUGUGAUUGCGUGGAGGAUAACAUGUCGGGGGCGAUUGUCAACAAAUACCUCAGAGGACAUAAGAACAUGUCUCUGAAAAGUUUCAGCUGUGUAAAUAUCUUGUGUAAAUAUCAAGAAUAUGUAAUUUAUGCAGUUCUUUUAAAAAGCCAUUUACAAUUUGCAGUCAUAUGAUAUACUAUUGCUUACAUCUUCAAAAGUCAUAUGUAAGUACUUCCCAUUCAUCACACCAUCACUACUGCACACCAUUGCAAAUCUAAUGCUGAUACUAAUAUAUUGUUUAGAUUUGACCAUUUCAUACAUCAGACUUUAGCAUUUUUAUCAUUUUCUUGCCAUCUUGAUUCUCAUGGACAUGUUACAGCUCCAUCUGGCUGUGUAAUCUGGAUAAUGUACCUUCAUCACUAACCAUUUUCACAAGAUUGGCUUUAUACAGAGCAAUAACUGGUUUCAGGUGACUUUCCCUUCGAACAAUGUAGAUGUAACUCAAGCUGAGUUUGCUUUUUACAAUGUGACCAUCUCUUUAAAAAAGCUAAUGAAUCAAAUUAAGUGAUGAGGAGACAUUGGAUAAAUAUGCUAAGAGAAGUCAUGCAAGCAGCUGUCUUUCUGAAAAGUGAAAAAUAUUAUCUUAAGAGCCACUUUUACAAUCAUGUUAUGUUAGCUUUAAUGUAAUUAAAUUAGACUUUCAAAAGUAGAUUAAGGAACAUUUUAACAGGAAUCUUUAACUGAAAAGAGAGAAAAAAAAUGCUUGCUGGCUGAUUAAAAUGAAGCUUUCAGAUUUAGUAUGUUCUGUCACUUUAACAUCCUGAACCCCAGAUUUCUGUAACUGUCAACAAUGGGUUUCUACAUGCCAGUAAAAUGACUUGAAGAAUUUGUGUGUCUAGGAACAUACUGGUUCUAUGAUUUAAGCCGCAGCGCUUGAAAGCGACAAGUAUGACUGAUACCCAGCUUUAUAUACUCAAAACACAGUGUCUACUGGUUCAGCUCUUUAUUUGGGGAGUAAGUUGCUAAGGGUCCUUGCUACAAAUAGCAUUGCUAUGAUUUUUUUUUAUUUACAGAGCUUGAGAAUGUAAGAAUGUACAGAAAUGAUAAAAUAGAUUUACACAGUAAGUUUUCCUUAUUCAGUAAUACUAAGGUAUGUGUUAUAUCUUGAUGGGAUUAUUUACUACUACAAGAAACUGUGAAUGAACAUUAUGUUCUAGAGUACCUUUUAGCACAGGAAGAUGUCAUUAGUGUUAUGCAUUUUUAAACCCUUUAAGGCAUUCUUAAAGUGUUUUCAUGUAAGUGCUUACUUUACAUUGUUGCCCUUUACUAAAUGUCUAGUUUUUUUUCAGAACUGAAAGAUAACUGUGUAAAGGACAAAGAAAAUAUGUUAAAUCAGUGAUGUAUACAUUAUCUGGAUUGAUUUGUUUUGUAGAUAGCUUAGUGUACAAAAUCACGUAGUAUAAGCUAUGCAGGGUCAUUGUCAUAAUUCUUUUCAAAAGAGGAUUUUGUCUCCCUAGUAAUAUUGGCAUAAUAUUCUUCUUUUUCAAAAGCACUAAACAGGGCACUUUGUGUGUGUGUGUGUGCGCACGUGUGUGCGUGUGUAUGAGAGUUAGUCUUGUUAAUAUAUUUGCAUUCAGUCAAUGUAAACUAUGUAAACAUGGAUGAGUAUGUAAUAUUUGCCUGUAGGGGGUUACAUUUGUUUUAAAGAGUUGAGUUGGUUCUUAAUUUUAGUGCAGAAAGUUUCUAUUUCUUGCUAAUGUACACACUGGUUGGGUUGUCAGAUGAGAGAAGUAUUUAUUGUUUGGUUUGUUUUCUCCUUCCUCUACCAGAUGACAAGCCAAGAGAAUUGUCUGACAAAAGAGAGGGUUCUCAUGCCAAAGACGUGGGGUUGAGGCUGAGGGAAGCGCUAAAACAGCAACUUGCCAUUAUCCAUGAGAGAAUGGAGGCCAGGAAGAUAGCCAAAAUGGCCCUGGCAGAAGUGCGAAGCAUCCUAGCCAAGGAGCAGGAAGAGAAGGCCUUGGAACGAAUCAAGCAGGAGUCAGAAGCUAAGGCCUGGGAGAGGGCCCAGGCUCGGCUCAGGGAGGAGGGUGAGAGAAUAGGGAAGCAAGAUAUAGAGAAGGCCUGGGAGAGGUUUAAGCAAGACAAAGAGGAGAGGAAAAAGGCAGCAGUGACGGCAAAGACGGAAGCCGAUGAAGAAAAAGAAAGGCUAGAGAAGGAUAAGAAACCCCUUCACAAGUCUGUCGAUGUCGAGGGCAUAAAAUCCGAGAAGGCCGGCAAAACGAAAGAAACCAAAAAGGCGACAACGAAAAAAAAAGCAGUGAGGCCUCUCUGAUAGGCGGAGCCACGAACACGUGCGUCUUGAGAACUUCGGUGCCGGACCAUUCGGUUAACUGUUCUGUAUGUGCAGGUUUACUGCGUAUCGAGAACCUAGUUUAACUGUUGAGUGCCUUAAGUGAUACACAUCUCUUCAGGAUCUUGGGAGCUGGGCAAGAACAGUAGAGGUGCUAUUUGCUAAUGUAGACCCCUUUCUUCUGCUGAAUGAUUUGUUCUUUUCUUCUGCUGAAUGAUUUGGUAGUUGCCUGGUUUUGUUGUUAGACUUAUUUGGAGUAAAUAAAUACAUUUUGUUGUGCAAACAGAUCUGCACACUUCUGACUUUGAAGUUUCAAAGCAAAAAAUUUAUGGCUGCAGCGGUUUGUGAUGUCAGUUGUGACCAGUCCCCCAUGUAAUAUGAUGCAUUCAGAAUCAUGUUCUAACUACUUUUUCUGGGGAACUACGGGAAAAUUUUCUAGACAGGGCUCUUCAUGCUUGUACAUCAUGUUUAAGAUUUGUUUUCUUCUUGGAAGGAUCUGUCUGCUUUAUUAUCUCUGCUCUUAAGUUCUCUUUUGCUUUUUCCUCUCUGUUAUGAUAUUCCUCUCUAUUUCUUACCUUAUUACUGACCCAAUACGUAUUUGGUACAAAGCUGCAAAUAAAAAGGUCUGGAUCAAAUG